AUGGGGGUGUACAUCACUAUAUUUCUCUACGCUCUAACCACAUCAGUAUUCUUCCCGGUAUUUCAAUCACUGGUAUUUUACAAAGCCUGUAUCACCCUAUCCAACUCCACAGACGCCGAAGUGACGUGUCAGUCUCGCGAGGCAGCUGCACGCGACGAGUCCGUCCAUUCUUUGGCCAAUUUGAUUCUUUUGACUUCAAGCACUGGACUCUGCAUUACUGCAUUCUUCACAAGUCGAUGGAUUGGCCAUUUGAGUGAUGUGAAAUCAAGAAAACUCGCUUUCUUGAUUCCCUUCGCUGGACUCUUCUUCUCAGACUUCACAAUUUUGGUUCAAGUUCUUUGGCCAAGGGCGUCCCCUUAUUACUUCAUAGUUUCUGAAGUUAUAUAUGGAAUCUUUGGUGGUUACAUGUCUAUCACUUCUGGAGCAUUCGCAAUUAUCAGUACAAUGUAUACGGAUCCAAAAGAGAGAGCCAAAGCGAUCGCAAGAUUGGAAGGAACGAUUUCUUUGGGGUCUAUGAUCGGAUUUCUUAUCAGUUCACGUUUGGAGUCUGCUGGAUAUAUUGGAAUGGCCUGCUUCUUUGUCGUUGCUCAUUUUAUCGCUUUCAUGUCUGCCCUGUUCAUGAAAGAGGUGCAAUAUCAUGAGCCAGAACCACUGCUACGCAAUUCUCAGAAAACUAAACCACUCGCGAUUUGUACCGGUUCCAAACUGUUCGAAAACAAGUCUCCAGCUACGAAAUGCAAUCUUCGAAUUCUGUAUUUCUCGUUUGCCAUCUCCUACUUCGCCUUCAUCGGAUCCACGCGUAUCCUGUUCUUCUACCUCAAACACAAAUUCCUGUGGGGCUCUGAAAAAUACGGUUAUCUGAAAGCCAUCAACCAAGGAAUGACUACAGUCAUGGCGAUGCUAGUGUUCCCAGCACUCAAAAAUUGGGGAAUCACUGAUGUUCGAUUAGCGAUUUUUGGUUUGGCAACGAGAAGUAUUGGACGAGCGUGGUAUGCGAUUGCAUGGGCGGAUUAUGCGGUUUAUGGAGUGGUUUGCUUUGAAAUGUUCUCCAAAUUCCCGGCGACCGCACUUCGAAGUUUGAUUUCAAGCAAUGUGGGAGAGCACGAGAGAGGAGCCGCCUUCUCCCUGGUUGCCGUGAUUGAAGCCAUGUGCAAUCUGACGUCUUCAUGGGUCUUCCACAUCGCCUUCCCGAUUUCUCUCCGCUUCUUCCCCGAACUCUCAUUUGUCAUUAUGCCUGUCAUUAUUGUUCCAGCAAUUGUUCUAAUGAUAAUCAAUAUCCGAACCCUCGAAUCUCCCGAAACACAUCCAGAAGAUCUCGCAGAGCCACCAAAUGAUGAAGAUGAAAUCGACGUCGAGAAAACGGCAGUGCUCCAUCACAUUCCUACUGAAACGGACACACUUACGGAUUCGAGUUCUAAAACAACGUGA